UUGUGCGUCAGCCGUCAGUGUUUUGCGGGACUUGGCGCAGUGAGACGUGCGUCGCCACCACCCCAUCCUGCGCUGCGACACUUGUAUCCUGCAGGACUUGAGGACUCAGCGUCCAUCACUUCAAGGCUGAUUCUGCCGAGCCUCCUCGUUCCCUGACCACAGCAUACUAGCCCCUGUUAGGCUCUGCCAGGCCCUCCCACGUACCGUCAGGCCACACAGUCCAGCGUUGCUCUCUAUUCCGUGGGCGUCACACCUUGCCCGGCAGCUGUCCGCCGGCACCAUGCUGGUCUUCAAGAUGGACACCACGGGGCUGUUCAGGAACGGACAGAAGCACGAGAUCCGCAUCUCCCUGCCACGCGACAAGCACAGGGCCAAGCCGCCGCCGCCCGCCCCCGCCCCCGCCCCGCCCAUGCGCCGCGGCUCUUUGCUGUCUCAGAGCAGCCUUCCCCUCCUGCACCACGGCAUCCACUCUCAUCACCGCAGAGGCAGCGUGCAGCCCACCCUCAGGAGGCACCCGCACUCUGACGGGGAGCAGCGCGCACCUCGCGUGCCCGCCAAGCAUGCCGUCAAGGAGGUGAGGUUCGCGCUGGACUCCGGCGUGUGGCGCCCUGAGGAGGACGAGGAGGAGGACAGCGGCGUGCGCUCCAAGGACGAGGGCAGCAGCAGUGAGGGCGGUAGCAGCACCAGUAGCAGCAACAGCAGUAGACUCAGCACCAGCAGCAGACACAGCACCAGCAGCAGGAGUAGUAGUAGAGGAAGCAGCAGCAGCAGUAGCGACAGACGCAAGAAAAGGAGCUCCAGCAGAAGCAGUAACAGCAGCAGCAGCAGCAACAACAACAACAGACACAACAGCAGGGAGCAGGUGAGCAGAUGGUGAGGCGCACAGCAGCAUACCAUUACAGUACAGCACAUCACAGCUCAGCACAGCAGAAGCAGCAACAGCACCAUCAGUAGGGCGUCUUCGCGUCGUAAUCUUCCCUCAAUUACACCCCCACCAUCCCUCCGGACCCUCCCUCUCCCUCUGUCAUCCCACCCACCCCAUGAACCCCAUCAUGCCGACGCGGAGCUUGUCAUCUGUCCGCCUGUCUGUCUGUCUGCCUGCCUCUGUCUGUCUGUCUGCCUGCUUGUCUGUCUGUCUGUCUGUGCCAUCUAGUUCCGUCCAGUUCAGUCACAUGCUUGAUGUGUGUGUGUGUGUGUGUGUGUGUGUGUGUGUGUGUGUGUGUGUGUGUGUGUGUGUGUGUUACCGUUGCACUCGGCCUUUGUGCAAGAAUGCGAGCAAGGAUACGGGCAAGGAAGCAGUAGCCUGUCUGUGUCUGUCUAUCUCACUGCCUGCCUGUCUGCUUGUCUGUCUGUCCAAACUUGGUCUCGUGCAACUUUCUCCCAUACUUCAGCACCAGCGCAGUAAGAGAGAGAGAGAGAGAGAGAGAGAGAGAGAGAGAGAGAACACAACAGGAAAACUCUCUACAUUGUUACGUUCUUAGAAGGCAAAUAAUGACACACACACACACACACACACACACACACACACACACACACACACACACACACACACCAUACAAACAGACUGGAACACUUCACCGCCUUGUCUCGUGGGAAUAGAAGGGAAUUCCAAGCUGUGGCGCAGUGAUGGGUGUGUGGGCGUGGAGGGCGCGGGCGGCGGUGAUGGGCGGAGCUUGUUACCUAUACUUCUUGCCCUCCUGAUGGGAAAUGCGUAGUUGUGAAUGCUGCUUCUCAUUAUUAUUGUUAUUACUGUUUAUUAUUAUUAUUAUUAUUAUUAUUAUUAUUAUUAUUAGUCUUGUUCUUGUUUUUGUGUACUAUUUAUUUAAUCAUUGCUUUUCCGUGUUCUUAUGUUUUUAUUACUAUUACUUUCCUUCUAUAUGUGUGUGUGUGUGUGUGUGUGUUGUUGUUGUUGUUGUUGUUGUUGUUGUUAUUUGUUAUUGUCACCUCCGUUCUGUUCUUGUCACUGUCGAAAGAAUUGUUAGUAAAGGAAGAUGUUUG